GGCUCGCGCAGGGCUCGGUGGCCAAUUGCGGGGCAGGACCGUGCGAGAAGGGGCAGGCCCGCCUCCGCGUCCGCCGCCCGGCGACCCAACUCCGGGUUGGAGCCGUACCCGCCCAAGGUUGCUCUGAGAUGCGAUUUCUGCCACCGCCACUGGGUGGUUCGGCCUGACCUGCGUCCUAUCGGAAGGGAAGAGGAUUUUGAGAACCUGGAUGCAUUCUCCUCAGUGCUUACCUGCUUUAUGUGAAAGGUGAAUGAAAGACAAGAAAUAAAAAGAGUGCCGUUGACUGUUGAGAAAUUCAGUUUGGGUCUGGAGGGAGCACAGCUAGCAGUACCCGGAGCCGGCAGCCGCGGAGGCCCACGAGGCGAGUCGAGGCGAGGCAAGGCGUGGCGAGGCGGCGACAGUGAGCUUUUGGGUACUGCAUAGACACCUGGAGAUUGAUGUCUGGGGAUUCGACAAGAUGCUUGGGAAAAGGAAGCUGUCCCCCAGGGCCAGUCCCUGAGGGUGUGAUCCGAGUCUACAGCAUGAGGUUCUGCCCCUACUCGCACAGGACACGCCUGGUCCUCAAGGCCAAAGGCAUCAGGCAUGAAGUCAUCAACAUUAACCUGAAAAACAAGCCUGAUUGGUACUAUACCAAACAUCCUUUUGGCCAAAUUCCUGUCUUGGAGAACAGCCAAUGUCAGCUGGUCUAUGAAUCUGUCAUUGCUUGCGAGUACCUGGAUGACGUCUACCCAGGAAGAAAACUGUUUCCAUACGACCCGUAUGAACGAGCUCGGCAGAAGAUGUUAUUGGAGCUCUUCUGUAAGAUCCCACAUUUAACCAAGGAGUGUCUGGUAGCGCUGAGAUUCGGAAGAGACUGUACGGAUCUGAAGGUCGCCCUGCGCCAGGAGUUGUGCAACAUGGAAGAGAUUCUUGAAUACCAGAACACUACCUUCUUCGGUGGAGACUGUAUAUCCAUGAUUGAUUACCUGGUCUGGCCCUGGUUUGAGCGCCUGGAUGUGUACGGACUAGCUGACUGUGUGAAUCACACCCCGAUGCUACGGCUCUGGAUAGCCUCCAUGAAGCAGGACCCCGCCGUAUGUGCUCUGCACAUUGAUAAGAGCAUUUUCCUGGGCUUCCUGAAUCUCUAUUUCCAGAACAACCCUUGUGCUUUUGAUUAUGGGCUGUGUGGCCCAAUCGUACAGUAAUCCAGGCAUUGCCCAGGGGUUUCGUCAUUCUGACUCUGCAUCAUAGGUCAUCUUGGGGGUCAGUGGAUUUGUUCUUUUUUUUUUCCGGUUCCUAAUAAAUAUGGACAUGUAAAAUAUAGUCUAA